AUGUCUUCACGCGCUUCAUCGCCUAUUUCUCCACUUGAUAGCGAACUUUCCGUAGGAUCAUCAUACGAUCUAUCAACUCACUCUGUUAUCCUUGUUAAUGACGAUGCAAACCCUUUAUUCAUAGAUACACCAUAUUUUGUAGGUAGAAUAUGCGUUCGUGUGAGAGAUUUUAAAGGAAUUGUUCCUCCUGGAAAAACAAGGAGAUCGUCAAGUCCUUAUUUUGAAGGGAAUAAAGAACAGUAUUCAAUACAAGUUCAAGGGAGGUUUAAAGGAGAAAAAUGGACAGCCGAUAAUAUCAUCUUUGGUAAUGAUUUUGAUCGAAAAAUUAAUUUACCACCUAUAAGUCGAUUAGGCUUAAAAAUUAUGAAAUGGAUAGAUCCAUGCCUUGAAACUGAUAUUUAUAAUGAUAAACCUUGGGCAUAUAGUCCCUUGCUUUAUACUGUAAAUGUUUUACGCGUCGAAUAUGAUGAAUUAACAUCGGAUCAUAAUAAUUAUUUGCCACCAUGGCCUUCAUAUGAUGGUAGACAUAUCAAGGAAGGUAUCAUUAAUUCUUCGGAUAAUGUUUCUAAGCGUAAAAAAUAUUUCUCCUCUGAGGAAAAUCGAAAGAAAUUUGAAAUUAACGAAAACCAAGUUUGGAAUUUCGAUUUUUGUAAUUCAUAUAUCGAUUUCAAUAAUAUUGCUGUGAAGAUUCCUGGAAUUAAAAUUGGGAUAUUACAGUAUUGGGAUGGACAGCCAUUUCGUUAUGUAUGCAAAUCAAGGGACUCAUCGGUCGUAUUUUUUGUGAUCACGUUUCAAUUGUUGGAAGUGAAUGAAGAAGAAAAAUUUAGUGAUCCAAGUCAACAAAGUGAAGUCAGAUCAACGAAAGUUUCAAAUCAGUUACUUAAAUAUGAUCAAUAUAAUGAACCAUCAUUGACACCAAAAUCUAGUGCUAGAUGGGCAUCAGUAAAAUCACCAUCAUCUGUUUUGUUUUCUAAUUCUCAACGUCAAAUACAUUCUAUGCGAAAUUCAAUUCCAUCUUCACCUUCACCUGGUUCAGUCAAUAUUGAUGAAAGUAGUGAAAACGAAGAAGAUAUUGACAUUUAA